UUUGCUUUUGGUGGUAUUUUUAAUUUUGACUUCUGUCCACAUUUUGGGGGGUUUUUUUGCCUGUUUAUGAGCUUUUGUAAACAGACCAGUUGUGAUAAGGAUGAUACAAAUCCUGUCACACAAUUAACUUUCUGAUAAGGAACUGAAGACCUACAACAGCCAUGUUGUUGGAACAAGCCGGAUGUGUGUUCAUGGGUUUCAUCCUAUACAUCUCAGGGGCUCACGGACUAGAAAAUAGCAUCUGUGCCUUAAAGAGCUCAUCAGUGAAUAUAUCCUGCUCAGCUGAACAUCAUACUCCAAGCACGAAAUGGUACACCUUACACUUGAACAACUCCAAAUAUGUUCAGAAUGAGGUCCCUGCAGACGGAAAUCGUGUAACAUACCACAUGUCUGGAGAAAGUAACUUCAUUCUAACCAUCAACGAUCUGAGAGAGAGUGAUGAAAAUGUUUACUGCUGCAGUGAAACUACUCACCAACUGGGACACUGCUGGAGCACGAGAACUGAGCUCCAUGUUGCAGACACGCAGGUAAAGGUGAUUCCCACCACAGAGGGACAGAAAGUCACACUCAUGUGUAGCACCAGCUGUCCUCUAACUGAAAACCCUGAAGCCUACAUCUGGUACAAGAACGGAGAGUUUCUCUAUGAGAACUGGUCUCCCUGGUACCAAGAGCUGGUCAGCAGUGAGGAAACCGUCAGAUACUCCUGCGCUAUCAAAGGCUACGAGGAUCUCAGAGCCCCUGAAGUGUCAGUGGAUUCUGUCACUCUGACCUGCUUUAGUGUGACCUAUGCUACAGGGAGAAUGUGUCCUUAUCAGAAGACAUCAGUGGAUAAGCCGUGCUCCAUCACAUAUCCCAGAGAAGUAUAUGUUCAGAAGACACAUGCGAGGAGCCACGUCACACUGACCUGUAACACCAGCUGUCCUCUGACUGACCCUCAGACUGCUUACAGAUGGUACAAGAAAAAAUAUGUUUACAGAUACUCCGACAGUCAACAGCUUACAGUUUCCAGCGCCACAGCUGAAAGCUUCGCCUGUGCGAUAAAGGGCCUUGAGGAUGUGCACUCUGCUGAAGUCUGUAUUAAGAAUAACACCUGCUGGACAGUGAAUUUUGUCAACAGAAGAAUCUGUGCCCUGCAAGGCUCCUCAGUGAACAUUUCAAGUGAAUACACGUAUCCCGACAACCAGCAACCCCAGUCUACCUUUUGGUAUAAAAUAAGGAAAAUGGGCAACGAUGAUGCUGAAAAGCUAACUGAGGAUCCAGGUCGUGUGGAGUAUCAUAAACAUCAGAGCCACCACAUCCUGAGACUGAAAAACCUGAAGAAAAGCGACUCAGCAGAAUACACAUUCAGACUGCUAUCAGAGAAUGGAGAAUGGAAACAGUCACAUUUUACUGUAGCUACACUGACUGUCACAGGUCUGAAAGUGAGGAUGACUCCUUCUGCAGUGGUGACAGAAGGCCAGAGAGUCACACUGACCUGCAGUACCAGCUGUCCCCUCACGGACGACGCAAAUUACAUUUGGUACAUGAACAGUCAACCUCUGACCCUUCCGGGGAACCAAAGCAAACACCUGGUUUUAGACCCAGUCAGCUGGCAGCAUGCAGGAAACUACUCCUGUACCGUCAGAACCCAUAACAUCAGUUCUUUAGAAGAGACUCUCUCUGUCAAAGCUCCAGGGCCAACAAUGGGAAUUAUGAAUGCAGUAAGACUGGCUGUUGUGUUGUUGAUCUCAGUUCUCCUCUGCUUGUGGAUGAGUGCGUCAACAUGUCACUCAAGGUCAUAAACCCUGUGGCUGCAGCACAGACAGAACCAACUGAGCAGCAGGAAGACACUGUGUAACAUCUGCUUGGUUUUUGGACUCUUUUUUUCAGUUUACACUUCUUCAUGUAGGUCCCCCUUGGAAAGAUAUCAUUUAAGCACCAUGGAGGCACCUUUUAAGUUCAGAGCUGAUGCGGUGUGUGGCAUGUGGUACUGCAAAAAUAAAGAGAUCACAA